AUGGAAGCUCAAGGUGGCCGCCGUCUCUGGCCACAUUUGCUUCUCUCUAUGGCUUUAGCAACACUUUUAAAUACUUCUGUUUCUGCUGACUCUUACGUCUAUGCUUCUCCACCUCCUCCUUAUGAAUAUAAGUCGCCUCCUCCACCUUCUCCAUCUCCCCCGCCUCCCUAUGUAUAUAAGUCACCUCCUCCGCCUUCACCAUCACCCCCGCCUCCCUAUGUAUACAAGUCACCUCCACCGCCUUCACCAUCACCCCCACCUCCCUAUGUAUACAAGUCACCUCCUCCCCCGUCACCAUCACCCCCGCCUCCCUAUGUAUACAAGUCACCUCCUCCCCCAUCACCAUCUCCGCCACCACCUUAUUAUUAUAAAUCACCUCCUCCACCUUCUCCAUCACCACCUCCUCCAUACUAUUACAAAUCUCCUCCGCCUCCUUCCCCGUCUCCUCCUCCACCUUACUACUACAAGUCUCCCCCACCCCCGUCGCCUUCCCCUCCUCCUCCAUACUACUACAAAUCUCCCCCUCCUCCAUCUCCCCCUCCUCCUUCCCCAUACUACUACAAAUCCCCACCGCCACCAUCCCCAUCUCCUCCUCCUCCAUACUACUACAACUCCCCUCCUCCUCCGUCACCAUCUCCACCACCACCAUACUACUACAAAUCCCCACCGCCACCUUCUCCAUCUCCUCCUCCACCAUAUUAUUACAAGUCUCCACCACCACCUUCUCCAUCUCCUCCUUCACCAUAUUACUACAAGUCCCCUCCCCCUCCUUCACCAUCUCCACCUCCUCCAUAUUACUACAAGUCUCCUCCCCCUCCAUCGCCUUCUCCACCUCAACCAUACUACUAUAAAUCACCACCACCUCCAUCACCAUCUCUUCCACCACCAUAUUACUACAAAUCCCCGCCUCCUCCAUCCCCGUCUCCACCAAAACCUUACAUUUACAAAUCACCACCACCACCAUCACCAUCACCUCCACCACCUUACUACUAUAAGUCUCCCCCACCACCAUCACCAUCACCUCCACCACCAUACUACUAUAAGUCUCCACCACCACCAUCUCCAUCGCCUCCACCACCAUACUACUAUAAGUCUCCUCCACCACCAUCACCAUCACCCCCACCACCAUCUCCAUCACCUCCACCACCUUACUACUAUAAAUCUCCCCCACCGCCUUCACCAUCUCCUCCACCACCAUACUACUACAAGUCUCCACCACCACCAUCGUCAUCUCCUCCUCCACCAUACUACUACAAGUCUCCACCACCACCUUCACCAUCUCCUCCACCACCAUACUAUUACAAGUCACCUCCUCCACCCUCUCCAUCUCCUCCCCCACCUUACUAUUACAAAUCACCUCCUCCUCCAUCUCCUUCUCAACCGCCGCCUUACUAUUACAAAUCACCCCCUCCACCAUCUCCAUCUCCACCGCCGCCUUACUACUACAAGUCUCCACCACCACCAUCCCCCUCUCCUCCACCACCUUACUUUUACAAAUCUCCCCCACCACCAUCCCCAUCUCCACCCCCACCAUACUACUACAAAUCUCCUCCACCACCAUCCCCAUAUCCUCCACCAUCAUACACCUACAAGUCUCCACCACCACCAUCACCGUCUCCUCCACCCCCUCCAUCACCAUCAACCCCUCCAUCAUAUUACUAUUCAUCUCCACCACCACCAAUUCAUUACUAAGUGUAGAUAGUUCAGUUCAU